AUGACUCUGGACGAAAAUUCUAAUUUGCGUCAACUCGUAAAUUUAGUUGACGACCUUCGUGAUGUUGGACUCCACAAAUAUAUCAAUUUGCCGCGAAUUUGUGUAGCCGGCACGCAAAGUAGCGGAAAGAGUAGUGUCCUCGAGAGCAUAGUAGGAAUUGACUUCUUGCCACGCGGAGAUGGAAUCGUAACCCGCCGUCCAAUAGAGUUCAGGCUGAAUCGCCUUAAGGGAAGCGAUACUGAUGAUCUGAGGCCGUAUAUUGUUUUUGAAGGAAACGAGGAGAGGUUCUACGACUUUGAAAAGGCAAGGGAGAACAUACAAACCCUGACGAACGAACGAGCAGGCACGAACAAGGGGGUGGUGGACGAUCCGAUCGUCCUGUCGGUCUACUCGCCAGAUUGCCCAGACCUGUCACUGAUAGACCUGCCGGGAGUGACGAGAGUGCCGCUGAAGAACAGCGACCAGACGGACGAUAUUGAGGCGCUGACGAAGGACAUGAUCAUGAGGUACGCAAGCGACCCUAGGACGAUCAUCCUGGCAGUUGUGGCAGCGAACGUUGACAUGUCGACAAGCGACGCGCUGCAGCUGGCGAGAAGAGCAGACCCGCUGGGAGUGAGAACCCUGGGAGUUAUAACAAAGAUAGACCUGAUGGACAAGGGAGCGAACGCAGUGUCGAUGCUGCAGAACGACGAGGUUCCGCUGAGGCUGGGCUACACGGGAGUUAAGAAUCGUUCGCAGAAAGACGUUUUGGACGGAGUGACGAUCAAACAGGCGCUAGAGAAUGAGAGGAAGUUCUUCAGCGAGCACAAGGACUAUUGCACGUUGAACCCGUCACUUUGGGGAAUCGACUCGCUGGUGCAGAAGCUGACGAACGUGCUCCUGAGGCACAUUUCAGGAGUGUUACCGGAGUUGAGGGUUGAAGUGGUGUCAAAGCAGAAUUCAGUGAGAGAAAGACUUGCAAUACUGGGAGAGAAGGCGCCCUCGGACGCGAGAGAGCGACUGGAGCUGCUGUGGCAGCUGAUAGGAGAGUUCGUAGACGUGUUCGGAGGAGCAAUACGAGGAAGGUUCGUGAGAAGGCUGCACGAGUUCCUGGACGCAGACGCAGUCUCGAGCGUGCAGAUCAGGUCGAUCUUCAACGACCUGCUGGACAACUUCGUCGGAGUUGACCCCUUCGACAAGGUGUCGGACUACGACAUCGACCAGGCGAUAAGAAUACACGAGGGAGACUCGCUGCCAGGCUUCCCGUCCCCGGACACGUUUGAGUACCUGAUGCUGCCGCAGCUGCAGUCAAUAGUGCCCUCCAUACAGGACUGUCUAGUAGAUAAGGUAUAUGGCACCCUGGAGUUGCUGAGCUUCAAAGUGGCAGAGAAGGUGUUCGGAAGGUUCCCGGCGCUCUGUAACAGAGUGCAGACGCUGAGUCAGCAACUGUUCAGCGAGGAGAAGGAGAAGACGAAGGCGUUCCUGGACCAGUACGUGGAAAGCGAGACGAUGUACAUCUUUACAAACGACUCAAAGUACCUGCUCGAGAGGCCGGAGCAGCCAGAGUACCUGGACAGAGCAGCACAAGUGACGCAGUCGACGAUGCACGCAGUGUCGACUACGAUAGACAACUUCAAGGGCAAGAAGACGAGAUACAGCCCGGAGUUCAUACAGGAGUUCAGAAGAAGACUCAACGUGUACUUCGGAAUAGUGCUGAGGAACGUGAGGGACUCAGUGCCGAAGAUGAUAGGACAGUUCCUGGUCAGGCGCAGCCAGAAGAACCUGCACUAUAAGAUAUACACCAGCCUGAGUCAGCAGGAGGACCUGGACCUGCUCUUCGGAGAGCCGGACCACGUGGCGAGGGAGCGCUUCAGCCUGCGGGACCAGAUGACGGUGCUCAGCAAGGCAAUCUCGCUGCUGAACAAGGACUACACGAAGUGCGGAGACUUCGACUAUCAGCUUAACAGGGACAUCCUGACGAGCCAGUUCAACAGCCUCAACAGCUUCAGCACGGGCGCAGGGCAGGGCGGCAUGGGAGUGGCCUCAGCGAGCUCAGCAGCACUGGACUACGUGGCGGUGAAGGUCGGAGCGUCGGCAGCGACCAGCGCCAGCAUGGGCGCCCAUGCGGGGGUGUCCAGCGGCAGCGGCGACAAGUUCACCAACAUGAACAGCAUCUCGACGGCGCCGAGCAUUCAGCAUUCGAGCAGCAGCGCAGCACACUCUGCCGCGUCUCCGGGCUACGGGGCCAAGAGUAAGCCCAGGGGAAACCUGGGGAGCCUGGGCACGAAUUACGUCAACGGCUUCUCAAAUUUAAACAUCUCGGCCAAAAAGCCCACGGAGCUGCUCAAAAAGGUGGUUUCCAACAACCCGCUCUUCGACUAG